CCUUUUUAGGUUAACUGCAUUAUAAUGAUAGGUUGUGUAGUGUACCACUGCCAUCUAGUGGCAGAAGUUAAUAUCAGCUUUACUUACACAGAUAGUUUAUACAGACAGGAAGUGACCUUUGUUCCAGGAAGCUCUUCCACCAUCUUGAGGUCAUUCUUCCACUGUGCAGGCAGCAUGUAUCUAUCUCUCCCAUGAGGUUUGGGACAUCAUCACCUUUUCACAGACUAAAAUAAAGUUGGAGUCCUCUGGUGGACAAUACAAGCAUGGGCUUCUGUUUACUGGAGUCUCUAACAAGUGUUUAGCUGUCCGUUUAGAACCACACAUAGUCAGUGUUUUGAGAGCGGAAAAGUGAAAAGGUGAUAGCACAACAAGCCUGGAGAUAGUAGUUGCUGCACAGACAGAAUGAGUCUAAGAUCAGGAAGUCAGUAUAAUGCUGAAGAUCAGCUACCCGGGACACAUCAAGGCAGGGAGACCGCACCAAGUGUCCAGCAGGAUGAUGUACGCUCACGCUCAUCUAGAUCAGCAAGGUCCAGUCAGAUUUCAUCAGCAAGUGCCCUUUUUGCCAGGGCUCGCGCCAAAGCAGAGGCUGCUCGCGUUCAGCUAGAAUUUGCUGAGAAAGAGGCUGCCAUUAUGAAGGAAAGAUCAGAGAAAGAGGCUGCCAUUAUAAAAGAAAAAACUGAACAGGAAGCAAAGUUGCAUAUUCUUCAACGUCAGUGUGCAGCCGCUGCUGCAGCAGCAGAAGCAGCAGCUUAUGCGGAUAUUGAGCGGUCUGGAAUGGAAUCUAUCCACGAAGGCCCAGAUGUGCCCGAGAAACCGCUUUCCUCUGCAGAACGCACUAGGGCGUAUGUCCAAGAUAUUUCAAGUGGCAGCUCAACAAUACCGUUUCUCAAUCCAAAGUCAGCUGAAUUUAAACCAAAACCAUCAGAACUCCUGAGCGCACGAAAACAAACCCAUGAGGCUGGCAGUACCAGAGUGAUAAAAGAAGAAUCCUCACCGCAGCAACCCAAACACCAGAGCAUGCAAGACGUCACUAAAUAUCUUAUCCGUAAAGAAAUGGUUAAUACAGGCUUCCUCAAGUUUGAUGACUGCCCAGAGAAUUACUGGGCAUGGAAGGCUUCUUUUCUGAAUGCAGUCAAAGACUUGGACUUAACAGCAGCUGAGACGCUAGACCUGAUGGUAAAGUGGCUUGGGUCUGAGUCUGCAGAGCAUGCAAGAAGGAUGCGCAGGAUACACCUAGUUAACCCUUCAGUAGGACUCGAUAUGGCCUGGCAAAGGCUAGAAGAAAGAUAUGGAUCACCAGAGGCAAUUGAAGGUGCUCUGAUGAAAAGACUGGAGUCUUUCCCUAAGCUAAACAGCAAAGACAAUUUAAAACUGCAAGAGCUGGGUGAUAUUCUUUGGGAAGUCCAGUGUGCCAAAGAAGAAGGUUAUUUAAGGGGACUUGCACAUUUAGAUACUGCCAACGGUACUAAGCCUAUAGUGGAGAAACUACCUCACCACCUGCAAGAGAAAUGGGUGAGUGUUGGAGCUAAAUACAAAGAAGAACAUGGUGUCCCCUUCCCCCCUUUCUUUGUGUUUUCUAGGUUUGUACAGCAGCAAGCUAAGAUGAGGUGCGAUCCCAGUUUUUCCUUCAUCACCAGCAGCCAACUGCCUAAGGCAGAAAAGCCACCUAGAUCCUACAAUAGGACUUCAGUGAUCACCCACAAGACAACAGUUCCCUCUGAGGACCCAGGAGAUUCAAGCAGCUACAAGGUAAACACCUUUGAAGGCCCUGACAGACUUUGCCCACUUCAUAAAAAGCCCCAUCCUCUAAACAAGUGCAAAGGGUUCAAAAGUAAACCUAUCAAGGAAAGGUUAGCCUUUCUUAGACAAAACGGCAUAUGCUUCAAGUGUUGUGAAUCCACCAAACAUAUAGCUAAAGACUGCAAAAUACAAGCAAAUUGCUCAGAAUGUGGCAGUGACAGACACAUCUCAGCUCUGCACCCCAAUACUUUGCAUCAACCAUUAGAGGUCACUGAAACCCCAAAAGAUGAGGGCAGGGAGCAAAAAGAUAAAUCAGCUAUCCCAGUAAUGUCCAAAUGCACUGAAAUCUGUGGUGACAGUACAAAUCCACGCUCAUGUUCCAAGAUCUGCCUAGCAACAGUGUACCCCACAGGGAAAAGAGAAAAGGCAGUAAAGAUGUAUGUGGUUCUGGAUGAACAAAGUAACAGGUCGCUGGCAAGGUCAGACUUUUUUGAUGCCUUCAACAUUACAUCAAGGGCAGUUCCAUACACCCUAAAGACAUGUGCAGGAGUGAUAGAAACUUCAGGGAGAAGAGCUACUGACUUUACUAUUGAGUCUCUUGACAAGAGGAUCCAUCUCUCACUUCCCACUUUGAUAGAGUGUGAUAUGAUACCAGAUGAUAAAUCAGAGAUCCCUACACCAGAAGUGGCCCUUCAUCAUCCUCAUCUUAAUGCAAUAUCUCACCUUAUUCCAGCUGUCCAGACAGACGUCUCUAUUCUUCUACUUCUUGGAAGAGACAUUCUACAGGUGCAUAAGGUACGCCAACAAAUUAAUGGACCAUUUAAUGCCCCCUAUGCGCAAAGACUUGACUUGGGGUGGGUUAUAGUAGGAGAAGUUUGUUUGGGAGCAGCUCAUCGGCCUGACAGUGUCAACACUUCUAAGACAUCUGUGUUAACAAAUGGACGCACGUCCCUUCUCAGUCCAUGCCAAAACAGCUUUGUUGUUAAAGAAACCCUAAAACCAUACUGUGGCUCUCCUUCCAGUUAUGAUAGGAAUAUUAGUAGUGGUCUGAAGACCGACAAUUUAGGGAACUCAGUGUUCCAGAAGACAAAAGAUGAUGACAAACAAGCAAUGUCCAUAGAUGAUCAAACCUUUCUCCACAUCAUGGAUAAAGAGACUUUCCAAGAUAAGAACAACAAUUGGGUAGCCCCUUUACCUUUUCGCAAACCAAGGUGUUAUUUACCUACUAACAGAGAGCAAGCCAUGAAGCGCUUAAACACACUACGCAAAACUUUGCAAAGAAAGCCUGAAGUGAAAAAAGACUUUACAGAAUUUAUCAAAAGGAUGCUGGACAAUAAUCAUGCUGAAUUAGCACCAUCACUGGAUAAAGGUAAAGAACACUGGUAUCUGCCAAUGUUUGGCGUUUACCAUCCACACAAGCCAGAUCAAAUAAGAGUUGUGUUCGAUUCCAGUGCUCAACAGGAAGGCAUUUCACUAAAUGAUGUACUGCUGAGUGGCCCAGACCUAAAUAACACACUUCUGGGUGUCCUCUUACGCUUCAGGAAGGAGCCUAUUGCCUUCACAGCUGAUGUGCAACAGAUGUUUUAUUGUUUUCUAGUGAGAGAGGACCAUCGAGACUACCUGCGUUUCCUGUGGUACAAGGAUAACUACAUAGAUAAAGAGGUAACAGAGUACAGAAUGAGAGUACAUGUUUUUGGUAACAGCCCUUCCCCCGCUGUUGCCAUAUAUUGUAUGCGGAAAGCUGCCCAGAAAGGUGCAGAACGUUAUGGUCAAGAUGCCAAGCACUUUGUGAUGAGACAUUUCUAUGUAGAUGACGGACUUGCUUCAGCGAACACACCUGAAGGAGCAGUUAACAUUCUCAACAAAGCAAAACAAAUGCUGGCAGAGUCUAAUCUGCGACUACAUAAGAUUGCCUCUAACAGCAAACAAGUCAUGGAAGCUUUCACCGCAGAAGACAGAGCUAAAGACCUCAAAGACCUUUGCCUGGGAACAGACACCCUUCCAUUGCAGAAAAGUCUAGGCCUAAGCUGGGAUCUAGAUAAAGACUGUUUUGUGUUUCAGGUUUCUUCAGCAGAAAAGCCAUUCACAAGAAGAGGGAUCCUAUCCACUGUUAACAGUCUCUACGACCCUCUCGGGUUUGUGGCACCAGUCACCAUAAAAGGUAAGGCCUUAGUUCGUGAACUAUCAAGUGGAGAAAGUGAGUGGGAUGCCUUACUUCCACAAGAAAGACUCCAUGAGUGGGUCCAAUGGACAGAGUCUUUACAAGCCUUACAAUGUUUACAAAUAUCCAGGUGUUAUGUACCUCUUUCAUUGUCACAGGCCUGCAAAAAAGAACUGUACAUCUUUUCAGAUGCAUCUGUCAUAGCAAUAGGUGCCGUUGCUUACUUGAAGGUAAGCGAUGUAGGAAAUGUCUGCCAUGUUGGAUUUGUUAUGGGAAAAUCCAAGCUAAGUCCUAGGCCAGCACACACAAUCCCACGUCUAGAGUUAUGUGCAGCUGUACUAGCGGUUGAACUGUAUGAGCUAGUGAGAGACGAGAUAGACCUAGACCUAGAUGCUGUGAAAUUCUUUACAGACAGUAAAACAGUCCUAGGCUAUAUCUGCAACACUACAAAGAGAUUCUUUUUAUAUGUUUCUAAUCGGGUGAACAGGAUCAGACAAACAACACGUCCAGAGCAAUGGUUCUAUGUGCCCUCAGAACAAAAUCCUGCAGAUUAUGCUACCAGGCUUACACAGAUAGCUUGCCUUCAGAACUCUAUAUGGUUUUCAGGGCCAACUUUUCUGUAUCAGACGGCUGUAGAUAGUCCUGACACCAAUGUUUACCCUUUAGUGGAGCCCGAAGCUGAUCCUGAAAUUAGGUCAGAAGUAGUAAGCUUCAGUACUAAAGCCCUUGACGCUAGACUGCAGCCACAUCGUUUUGUAAGAUUUUCGGACUGGAAGAGACUGAACAGGGUUAUAGCGAAGUUAAUCCAUGUUACCAAAAGCUUCCAAAAGAAACCUAAUGAUGAUCAACCUGGAAGUUGGAGAGUUUUCCAUGAAAGGGUUAGUUUGGAAGAACUUUCACUAGCCAAGAGAGUUAUAAUUUCUUCUGUACAGCGCACGUUUCAGGCAAGAAUAUGA